AUGUGGUGCCUCCUCGUGCUGCUCUGCGCCCAAGGAAUUGCCUUUUCAGCAGGAUUCACAACACCCUCCACUCUGAAUUCAGACAAAAGCCAGUACGGGAAGACUCACAACCCCGAAUGCUUUAUGAAUGUGAGUGAAAUUAUCAGGUACCAUGGAUACCCCAGUGAGGAAUAUGAAGUUACCACAGAGGAUGGUGUUUUCAGAAUUCCUGCUGGGAGGAACAGCCGAAAUACAGGAAAAAAGCCUGCAGUCUUGCUACACCAUGGUACUUUAGGAGAUUCUAUUCAAUGGAUUUCUAACCUGCCCAACAACAGCCUAGGCUUCAUCCUUGCAGAUGCUGGCUAUGACGUCUGGCUGGGAAACAGCCGAGGAGACACCUGGUCUUUAAAACACAAGACCCUUAAGCCCUGUCAGAAAGAUUUCUGGCAGUUCAGCUUCGAUGAGAUAGGUAAAUACGAUAUUCCAGCAGAGCUGUACUUCAUCAUGAAUAAAACUGGACAGAAAGAUGUAUACUAUGUUGGUCACUCUGAAGCUUCAACUGCAGGCUUCAUAGCAUUUUCUACUUAUCCCGAGUUGGCUCAAAGGGUUAAAGUGUUCUUUGCUUUGGGACCAGUAGCCACAAUCUCACAUGCUACCAGCCCUCUGGUAAUCUUUGCACGUCUUCCCUCAUCACUGAUCAGGUUACUACUUGGCUACAAAGGAGUUCUUCAGCAGAAUGAACUGCUGAAAGGGCCUCUCACGUGGCUGUGCAGAUCUCUGGGAAAUUUUUGUGUCAGUAUCUUCUGCUUCAUAUCUGGGGACAGAAUGCAAAGUCUGAACACGAGUCGCAUAGAUACAUACAUAGGACAUACCCCUGCUGGAUCAUCUGUACAGAAUGUUAUUCAUUGGCAUCAGAUAACACGUUCAGGCCAAUUUCAAGCUUAUGACUACGGCUCUAAGGAGAACAUGAAGAAAUACAACCAGCCUACUCCUCCUGUGUACCAGAUCGAGAAGAUAAACAUACCAAUUGCUGUUUGGAGCGGUGGACAUGACAAAUUUGCAGAUCCAAAAGACAUGGCAAAGCUACUUCCUCGGAUUACUAAUCUCAUUUACCAUGAGCAUUUUCCUGCUUGGGGACAUCUUGAUUUCAUCUGGGGCCUUGAUGCAGCUGAAAGAAUGUAUUGGAAAAUCGUUGAACUAAUAAGAAAACACCUUUAA